AUGUCAUAUAUUGGUUUGAAUACCUAAUACGUUCAACAUUUAGGAGGUUAAGCAGGGUGUCAAUAACACAAAAAUAACCAUUGCUGCCAUCAUGUUCCUCCUACUCUAGAAGUUUAGGAUGUAAAUUACGAAGUAAUAAGAGAAAGAGAAGAACUGAGAAUAAAAAUAGCAUAGUUAGAGCAAAAUCAUUUAUAAGAAUUAGAAAUAUUAAAAAAUAAUAUUAUUGCUUAAUGCGAAUCAACUUUAGAAAAGGAGCUGAGAGAAUAGGAAUUAUCUUAUGAGAAUUAAAUUUCUAUUUUAAACUAAAAGAUAGACUCUCUAAGUAAAAAAUGUGCUUAGUAAGAUUAGGUGAUUUAGACUAUGAAAAAAGAAAAUGCAGAUUUAGAAGAAUCAAGCAAGUAAGCAAAUAUUAAAGUUGCAAAAUUAAAAAGAAAUGUUACUGAAUUGGAGUAAAAACAUGAAAAAGAUAUUAAAGAUUUGAAUGAAAGUUUGAAUGCAAAGCUAAAGAGGGAAUUAGAAGAAUAAGAAAAUAUAUUAAACAAUGCCUUUGAAAGAGAAAGAAUUAGAUAAAACUCUUAAAUAGAAGAGCAUAAGUUAAAAAUCAAUGAAUUUUAAUCCAGAAUGAAAUAAGUUGCAUCUGAACUUGAAAAAAUCAGAAGUGAACUUCAUGCUAAAAAAUUGAUUGCUGAUGAAUGGAGACUUAAAUACGAAAGUUUAUAAAGAUCUACAGAACUUGAAAUUUACUAAUUGAGAAGGGAAGUAGAUGUUUAUAAGCUUACUCCACCUCAAAAGAAUUUAGAGUAUGAAAUAAAAGAACUAACAGAAAAGCUCUAAAGAAAGAAAUUAAAAAUUCAAAAGGUGAGAGAAGAAGUUAGGGUAAAAACAGAAACUAUUGUUGUUGAGAAACCAGUAGAAGUUGAAAAAAUUGUUGAAGUUGUCAAAUACAUCCCAGUCGAAAAAAUCGUAAAAGAAAUAUAACCUCCCAAAUAGCCAAUUAUCAUUCAAGAAUGUGGCGUAGCUGAUAAGUCUGACACCUUAAUUAAAGACUAUCAGAGAGAGUUAGAAGACAGAGAUAGGACUAUAGAAAGAUUGAAAAUAGAAAAUGAGGAUUUAAUUGUAUAAUUAAGAGAACUUUAAUUACAAUUCGAUCAGCUCCAAGCCGAUUAUCUUUUACUUCAACAUGACAGAGAAAAUUUAAUAGCAUAAAUUAGCAGCUUCAACUCGUAUUUAUAAUAAUUAGAGCAAGCCUAUGGAUAAAAGAAUUAAGAAUUAAUGAAUAAAGUACAAUAGUUGUAUUCCUAAAUUACUAAUUAACCUAAAAAUGUUGGUAAAAUAUUGGUUAGAAUUGGCAAAGAUGGUAAACCAGUUGUAGAAACUAAGUGA